UUUGCCACUGACCCAGGCGAGAAGUUUCCUUGCGGGCCCGCCCACAGAGCGUGCUGCCUGCCGCGGGUCUCUUCUCACCCCCCCCGCCCCCCCGCAGUCAGGGAGCCACGCCCCCUCCCAGGUCCACUGCUUUCCAGCCGCGCUGCCGAGGCCCGGCAAACUCAGCUCAGGAGUGAGGCGGCUGCGGGCGCCAGCCAAGGGACUAGAGAGCGCGCGGCGAGCGUCCGUCCCCCGCGGGGCAGGCUGCGGCGGGGCGAGCCACGGGCGCGCCGAUAUUAAACGAUUCCACAAGAUGUUUGCGAAAGCAACAAAAAAAUUUGUGAGAGAGACUGACUGUGGCGGUGACUUGAUCCCUGUAUCCCGCUUGAAUGACUCGGAUAAAUUACAGCUUCUCAACUUAGUAACAAAGAAGAAGAAAUUGUGGUGCUGGCAGAAACCAAAGUACCAUUUCUUGACAGUCACGCUGAAUGAUGUGCUUACUGAAGACAAACCUAUAAAACCAGUUGUUGUUGAGUCUGACUUUGUGAAAUAUGAGGGGAAGUUUGAAGAUUUUGCCAGAGGAAGUAUUGAAACUUCAUUUGGACAGAUCAACCUGGGUGCUGGAGGAAAAGGCUUUGUAGAAAGCCAGUCUUCAUUUGGAAACCUAAAAAAGCAGGAGGCUGACUUGCAGCACCUUAUGAAAGACCUCAAGGGAAGAACAAUAAAUCUAAACAAUAAUUUACUGCAACAAGUGCUAGGAAGAAAACAUGAGGUACUAUGUAUCUUGACAGAAAAGAUAGUAACAACUCAAAAGUGUUUGGUGUCUGAACAUAUUCAGACAGAAGAAAAAUAUGGUGGCAUGGUGGGACUCCAUACAAAAAUUGUAAAGGUUUCAGUGAGCGAAAAUGGGAAUGUGAGAAAGGAUUCCAAUGUGGUUUUAGAGAUUCCUGCUCCCACCGCUAUUGCCUAUGGCGUAACUGAACUGUAUAUAAAGCGUGAUGGUCAGUUCGAAUUCUGCCUGCUAAAUGAGCAAGAAGGAGGUUUUGAAAGAGAAAACACAGAAGGCUCAUCUUAUCCAUAUUCUUUACCGUUUAGAGACUCUUCCUUUCUAUAUCAGCUAGACACUGUGGAUAGUGACAGGCACUCUGGAGAUAGAAACAUCAUUCCCAGCCAUGCUUCUUUAAGUGUACUGAAACAAGAUCUGUUGCUGUUAAAGAUGCAGUUCCAACCCAUUGUGAAGCUUCCGGAAGACAAGCAAGGAGCUUUAAAUAAAAUAUUUUAUGAACUCUUGCAUCAUGAAGAAAUUGUGACUGCACUGGAGGAGGUGUUAGAUAGUAUUUUCACAGGAGAAGAGCCGGAUUUUACAGACCUGAAGGAGUUGAAACCUCCACAGCAGCAAAACAUAACCGACUUCUUGCAGCUGGUCGGGUACAGUUUACAGAAUGAGCUGUUGCAGAAAGACCAACUUCAUGAUAAGGGCCUCUUCUCAGCUGCUCACAUCCUGAUCAGUGCAGUGGCAGAAUUGUCCGACUACACACUGGCUCUGCUGCGUGCUUGCUGUGAUAUACAAAUAGUCCCUAUCUUGUGCUGUUUGAACCUGAGCCCCCUGAGUUUUAAUGCAGAGAGCAAAGUUCUGUGAUGUCAGAAACUGUACUCUAUGAAAAUAGCUUUAACCUCUUUCUGUCUAUAUAAAUACAGCCUAACGUCGCUUCAGCUGAUGGCACUUUGACACUGAGAGAUCCUUCCCUGGCCCCUCUGACUGACACAGGAAGAUUUCACAUAGUGCAAAGGCUGUUCGCCCUGUCAAACAUCAACCUUGAAAUGAUGGAGUCUUCAGUGAAAGCUGUAACCAUGAAAGAACCUAGCUUUUUCCCAUUCAUUCUUUAUAUUGCCUUGUAUGGAUUUUAUGCCUUAGGUGGGACCAUCUGAGGAAAAAAGAAAAACCUAGAAUAAUAGCUGAACAUACUGCACUAAUAAAUGCCAGAUUUGCAGUGCUAUAGAACCCUGCAAAUUUGCACUUGUAUGCCUGGGAGACAACUGCAAAUCACUGAAUUUUGUAACUAAGUGGGUGAUUAAAUGAACAUGAAAAAUACAAGGGCACCGCAUCCCAGCAUGAUUGUUGUUCAUUUAGGGCCUGGGCCUGCAGCGUGCCCUCAAGUGCUACUCAACUCGGCACCUUGCAAAAUCAGGCGUUUAUUUUGUCAGUAGUAGUUUAGAUUGUUUUAUGGCAAUACUCCACAGUAUAGCAAAUACUCCAUGUCUCUCAUUUACUUUCCUAAAACUAAUCAAAUUAGUGAUUAGACCUCACUACAGCAUUUUUGCUGAUCGCUUUUUUGUGCAAGUUUCAGCAGCAUGCUGUGUUUAAAUUACACCCUAAACUCUCCCUUAAAAAUGUAAUGAUUCCUUUUGAGGCAUAUGCAUGUGCUUCACUCUGGUUCAGUCCAGACAAACACUUGUUAUACCCUUCUGACCUUUUCAGUGUGGUGGUUUUUUAAUAAAAGUAAAGUGUUUGUUCUCAGUGCA